CACGCAUGCGCACUUCGCAUGUAUUGCUUAACGUUAUUGCUAAGAUAGCUAACGUUUCGCCGUGAGCUAGUUAACAGAAGUGAACGCAGAAUGGCGGAACUAUUCGUGUGCGUUCUUCUCGUCGUUGGUUCAGUCACGUGUACAUCACUGUCACCUCUGAACACGGAAAGUCUCGUGAUUAACGUGACAGCGGGGACAGUGGCGGACACUGAGCUGCAGCAGUCCAACAACUUACAGAUAAAUCUGAACAUCUCUGUGAGUGAAGAGCAGGUGAUGGUCAAUGAAGUCCCAGUAGAACUGUCAGAGGUCACCAGGUUCAACUGUCCAGCUCUGCUCUUGGACAGCAUCAAUGGAAGCAGUGAGUUUGAAUCUGGGGACUUGGUGUCCACCGUCACCAGGGUGAUGGUGAGCCAGAACCGCCUCUACAGCAGCUCAGACCAGGUGUUGGCUCUGCAGGUGUUCAGUGAAGUCAUAGAGAUGGAGGGCAGCCUCUGCUGCUUGUUCUUAAAUGACGCUGUCCAGCAGCCCGACAUGUGUGAGGUGAAGAUUCUGAUGAGUCCAGAUUUCCAGAAACUGGCCCAGUUUAUCAACGUCUACCCUAUUGGACACAGCGAGAUCUUCAGGGUUCCCAGAGAGAACGACGUGGUCGUCACCAAUCCACCAAAUCCUCGGAGAAACGAGGAUCAGCUGAUAUCUCAGACCACCAGUCAGUACCCACUGAAGCACACGGACACCACCCAGGAGGAGACCGCAGCUCCAGGGAAACUCCCAGAGACUCCUCUACGUAUGGAUCCUGACCUGCUGCAUGACGUCAGAUACCGUGAGUUUGACGAGCGAGACCAGAGCCAGUCGGAUCGGAUUCAGAUGGGAACUCCGCCCACAGAGCUCAUGUCAUCUUACUCGGCCAUGUGUCAGUGGAUGGAGCAGCUGCGGGAGCGUCUGAGGCGUUUCUGCUCCGAGUCCCUGCCUCUCUUCUUCCUGGUCAUGUGGGUGGUAGUGAUCGGCGUUGCGGGGUCUGCGGUCAUCGUCAAGAUCCUGGACAUGUUCUUCCCUACGUGUGAACACAAGCACAUGUUCCACAUGAACCCCGUCACUGUGAUGGCAGACGAUGAGAAGCACACUCUGUUGGAGAGCAUAGAGACACAAGCGGAGGAGGAAGACAAGAGCCGGGAUCCUUGAAUCAGGAUCGACUCAAUGGUUCCCUUUACUGUCACUUUGUUCUUGUUUAUUCUUCACAGUGUCAGCGCGGCCUGGAUUUGUCUCUCGCUUCUUUUCUGAUUCCCUUUAGUUUGCCCUCAGAUUUGCUCGUGUGAUGGAAACAAACGGCGUCAGAGUCUGUGAAAAGUUACGUUAAUUCCAUUAGAAAUGACUAAAAGUGCAGAGCAAAUGAGUAUUUAUUAUUUUAAACUUGCUGUUUUCCUCUAGAAUGUCACUUUUGAAGGAAUGUUUGCAAAACGUGAAUUCACUCGGCGACUUAGCUUUGCACAAAUGUGGGAGAAGAAUCGCAUGACAUGGAGCCAAGUGCAGUCACCAUGAAUGAUGAUGAUCGUCAUGGUGAGCACAUGGUCAGACUUUUCCUCAGGCCUGUUUCCAUCAUGUCUGUUAUCCAAGGACAUGAGCGUUGUAUUCGCCCAAAUGAAGAAUUGUGCAUUUACAUGAAAGUUCAGUCACUUUACGUCACAUAAACACUUUAGUGUCCAACUGCACACGCACACACACGCGCACACACACACGCACACACCGCACACACACACACACACACACACACACACACACGCACCAAGGAGACGACGUUUAAACUGCAGCGCUGUAGGGAAACAUGUAAACAUUUCACUGUUUGCUGUUUGUUUUUCUGUGACGUAAAGGUCAACAGGAAACUCAUUCAAUAUGCACUCGCUUAUAGAGAGAUACAGCGCCACCUAUGGAGGUGGAGUCAGACAUACACAGCACACAAUAAAUCCAUUUUCUCCGCCGCGUGUACGACGGCCUUAACUCGAUGGAACUGCAUGUAAACAUACUUUGUUUUGUGACUCUUAAAGGGCAUUAUGGGUAAUUAUGUACAACAGCAACCCUUAGUGUUUCAAACAAAUGGAAACACUGUACUCACCACUGUAGUUUGUAAAGUUUGUAAAACACCAAAGGAGCUCACUGAUGCAUGACUGACGUUGUGCUACAGUUGGCCGUGUUGGACUCGCACAGCAAAACAGAAAGUUUAACAUUUAAAUUGUAUACUGGCUCCACCUUUGUGAUCAUGAUUGAUGACACACCAUGGCCAUUUUAUAAAUGAUGAAGCCCUUUAAUGACUCUCCAUUCAAAGGUCAGUUUUAGUAAAAGCAGACAAAAGGACUGUAGGUGUAACAAAUGAAAGUUUGAGUUUUCCUCUAAAGGAGCAGGCUCACGAAUGUCACUUAUUUUCUGUAAGGCAUGAAGAAGAGGUCAUGUUAUAUUUGUGAAUGUGACUUUUCACCACGUUUGUCAGUUAUCAUCAGUUAUCACUACAAGGAGAAGGACUCUAUAAUCACUUUGGUUUGUUUUGUGUGUGGAUUCAGUAAUUGCACAUGAGUGAGUGAGUGAGUGAGUGAGUGAGCCUGUUCAGAAUAUGCACAGUAAAUGACUGGAAAUUCAUUGUUGGAUUAACAGUAACUACUUUAAUGCACAUGGUGAAUGCUAAUAUGAUGCUAUUCUGUAUUAUUUUGUCAAAUGAAGACGUUCUAGUUAGAAACUUUAAAUCAGGUGCGCUUAAAAAGACGAGCCCCUCGAAAUAAAAGUUUUUGUGACUCAAUUACAGCGCCACCAUCUGGCUGAUGCGCUCAUGUUUCUUGCAAAGCACAUGCACAGUAUUUCCACUUACUGUGCUGAGCUUUGUUUCUGUGUCUGAGACACCAGAUGACAACAAAGUGGCGUUAUAGUGUUGUUAUUAUCAUUCUUCUUAUUCUUAGUGACUGCACUUGGUUUAGGAGUAAAAGCUGCAGGAUGCAUGAGGUGCAUGUGUUAGUGCAGUGAAUGCAGUUUGCUGUCCGCUCAGUCAUUCUCACUCUUACUGCAUGACAACUCCAAACAAUACGAGCAGAUGCCGCGAGUGACGCAGUGGGUGAAGGGAGUGCUGUGAGGGCAACAGUGAACGGACGACACACGGUCACACGUUUUUACAACAACACAUACUGUAGGUUUCCAUUUGUCGCAUUAGUGUCAAUCUGUAUCUGUGUUCCAGCUGGAUUGUGUUUGGAUCUGCUCAUUAAAAGCUUUCACUAUGA